AAGACAAAAAUUCAUAAAAUUUUGAAAAGUUCACAAAAAGUUUCUGUUGUCGUCUUAUCUAUGGAACUUGUUCAGUUUAAUUAUGGUUUAACAGCUGCAUCAGCUGUUUUACUUGCAGGGGUGUAUGUUGAUGACCAUUUUCAUGCUCUUGAUUCGAAAAAUGAAACAAUUGACGUUAUUAUACUCAUCAUAUAUAAAUUAUUUAUGCUGUCAAUGUAGGAAAAUGUGUGCACAAGAAAAAGUCAUGAUGAUUUACCUGAUUUGUUUGGUGAUGCGCAAAUGUCAAUAAGCUCUACCGAUGCCAAUCCAGAGCCAUUGGCUUUGUCACAAGAUACAGCACAAUCUCCAUUUUCACUGCCUCCAGAGACAGCACAAGCUUCUUUACAAUCAACCACUGAUCUUCGUGCAGUUGGUGUACAGGAUACAUCAGCACAAUCUCCAUUUUCAUUGCCUCCAGAGACAGCACAAGCUUCUUUACAGUCAACCACUGAUCUUCAUGCAGUUGGUGUACAGGAUACAUCAGUGAUGCAAGAAAUUCACCUUGUUGAAGAUGACGAUUUCAUGUUCCAAAAUUAUCCCAAAUUGAAAGAAAUGCACCGCUCAAUGAUUUGCCAUGAUAUUAUUGAUGUUUUUAAAGAUCCAGAAAUUCUUAAGCACAGGUUGAACAUCACAGUCAUAAAUGCAAAUGGCUACCCAGAAAAAGGAGAAGAUGCAGUGCAGGUGGAACUGAGAAAACACCACGCAUUCAACACGAUCUUCAAAAACCAGAAUGGCAAGCAAUUGCCAGAGUUUUAGUGUUUGGAUAUGAAAAAGCCAAAUACUUUCCUGUGCAGCUGUCACAAUUCUUCAUUCUUUGCUGCUUGUUUGGUGAAGAAAGUCUGAGCAAAGAAUCUCUACUGCAAGCAUAUCGUUGUUACGUGCCAGCAAACGAUGGAGAGAUUCUAGAUAAAGUGCAGAAUCGUGAAUUAGAUCCUGAUGAUGAAGUCCUAUUGGAGUUUUUGUCAUCCAGUAAGUGUUAUAAAGCCCCCACUAAGGAGAACAUUGACUCCAUAAUACUUGAACUUGCACACCAGGAACUCAUUCAAAAGACCAGAUACAUCAUAAAUUGUUGGUUGCCAAUUUUAAAAACUCUUCAGAAUGAUGCAAACUCCGUCUUUGCAAUACCACAGCAAGUUGCACAGUUAUAUGAAGAAAAACACCUAACAGCCAAAAAGGUUAACAAGCUUUUUAUUGCUAGUGUGAGUACUGAUGCUGAAUGGCAGAGCUUGGAUUUCCUAAAAAGAUAUGUGAAAUCAUUGGAAAUGCAGGCUCUUGAAAGAUUUCUGCAUUUUUUAACUGGUAGUGAUGUAUUGACAUGUGAUUCAAUUGAAAUUACAUUUACAACCCUUCA